GUACUACUCUUUUUUUCAAGACACUCAACCACCUCGAAUUGAAGCCAAGAACGCGCCUGUAUCCCUUCAUCGCGUCGAAUACGGUGGCGCACAAUCAGAAUUGACUUACAAGAAACAUAUUCAUACGCCAAAAUGCACUACUAUUCAAUGUAAGUCUCCUUAGGGUACCUAGAUACCUGCGAUAAUUGCGCUGGUCGCUGAUACUUGCUCAGCUUCAGAGAUUUGCCCAGCUUCGAAAACCUGGGCGACGAUGUAAUUCACAGGAUUGUUGAGAAACUCGAUAUCCAAAGUGCCUCCAACUUAGCGCAGACCUACAGAUCUUUGGCCUGGAUCUGUAUUCUCGUUCACGGAUAUGGCGCCUUGAGAUUCACCUCCACUGCUGGACCGACAGUAACGAGCUCUGCUCCUGCCGCCCCCUCAGUUUCGUUCGCCGCAACCACCUCCACGAGCAGCACAGAUUCUGAGUCUCAUGGCAAUACUGACACCGACAUGACUUCAUCACCAGAAGAAGAAGACUGGGAAUUCGAGAUUACAGCUGACCUGAUUCAACGUUUGGCCCUCAUUCCCAAGCGAACUCAGGGUCCUGCUCUGCCCAAUCUCCCCACAGAAUUACAACUCGAGAUCUUCAGCUACCUUGACCAAAUCGAUUCCUGCUGUCUCGGCCUCGCAAGCCCCAAUCUCUACGUCGUCUUCCGAGCCAUUCAUGGAACCAAGAUGCCUCUCAACACUCGACGAAUUGGUCCGAACAGACUGGAGUCUGCUUGGGAGGUUGUCGGAAAGCAGGAAUGCCAGCAAUGUGGUAUCUACCGCUGCGAGCUCCACCAACACAUCAAGACUUGGAUGCCAAAGGAGUUGGAAUACUGCGCUAUGAAGCAAAACUUCGGACUGAGAGCAAUCGACGGCGCCAAGGAGCACUGCUUUCGAGGCAAGCCAAGCAAGCCAAAGCGUUGCGGUCGCCACCCUUUGAGAACUACAUCUGUUCACCAAGAUGAUGCCUCCUUCAGCCUUCCAUCAACAGCUUCUUGAAGAUG